CCCCACGCAGUACCAGCCCCUGCAGCAGCCGGGCCCGUCCCCCACGUUCAGCCAGUCCCUCUACCCCGCCAACGCCCAACAGGCUGCCCUCGGUCCCCCGCAGGCGUAUUCGUCCCAAUACCUUCCGCAGCAGCCACACGGGUACGCGAGGUCACUAGCACCUCCAUCUAUAGUAAGCCGUGCCCGCUCUGUCGGCCACUCACCCGGGGUGAUUGCCCCACUCCCGGAGGAACCUCCAGACGCUGCGCUCGAGGAGUUGACGCGGGCAGGCCUCACUCCCGCGCAGGCGUACCAGGCCCAGGUGUACAUGAACAGCCCUCUCGGGCAGCAAGCGAGCAGGACGCAGGGCAAUCUCACCCUUGAUCGACCCGUCCCCCCAUCCCCCACCACUGCGCAACUCAAUGGGCCCCGGGGCCCACGCCCAUUGAGCACACAAACCACACAAAGCGUGCCACCAGACCUGCCGAGGAUAGGGCUGAAUAUCGACGCGGGCAGCGGAGAUCUGGGCAUCGAUUUCAGCUCCAAUGGCGAUGGCAGCACCCCUCCGAGCGACCCCGGCACGGAGGAGGACUCGAGUGAACUGGCGUAUAGCAAACCACAACGCCACUCGACCCCCAACAGUGUCCGAUCUCGCCUCUCUGUUACUUCCAAUAUCGCUGGCGGGUCCGACCACACCCAUUUCCCCCCGUCCUCGUCUCGCCCCUACCCUCUCCAACUUGAUACCGCCAUGGCAAGCGCCGCCGCCACCGGUGCUAGUAUCUCACCCGCAUCAUCCACCCUUGUCGAGGAACCUGUGCACUCGGUCAAAUCUGUCAGCCCUCCCCAUUCAGGACCCACCGGCCGUCGCUCUUCCGAAUCCGCCAGGACAUUGCCUGGUCCAGCCUUCCAUCGAAAUCGCAGUAUAAACGAUCGUUCACGCUCCAUGUCAGCUGCAAUGUCCCCUCAAUACCGAGCUGCUCUCGAAGGCGGUCGCAUAGGCAGGCCGCCCGUCCCACCUGCACCGGCCGGACGCGACUCUCCGGCGGCGCGCUCACGGAAGACGCCCGUGGUGUAUCCUGCACUACUAUCGCGCGUGGCGGAGGCGUUCAAAGCGCGAAUACAGCUCGGAGACCGGGUCAAGGAUGGGCUGACGUAUAAGGAUGCAUUCGAUGGGCGCGAGGCCGUCGACACGAUCGCGUACAUCAUCAAGACCACGGACCGCAACCUCGCGUUGCUCCUCGGCCGCGCGCUGGACGCGCAGAAGUUCUUCCAUGCGGUCACGUACGAUCACCGCCUGCGGGACAGCUCGCACGACCUGUAUCAGUUCCGCACGAAGCUGCCAAGCCCGUUCGUCAGCGGCGAGCUAGACGUCCCGCACGAGCACGAGGAGCUCAUCAAGGCUCUCGGACAGCCGCUCCUCAAUGGCACUGGGGGCGGAGACGUUGACGCCAAAGAGAGCCCGUCGCCAACUGCAGAAGAGCAGGAUGACUCGGACAAGAAGGAAGGCUCGCGCCCCGACUCCCCGACGGGCUCGGUACCCGGGGCUUCUUCACCAGUUACGCGGCCACGCGCCGGAUCCGUGACAUCCGACGACGUGCCACUGCCAACGGGCGUGUUCACUCUUCUGACGGACUGCUACUCGCCAACAUGCACCCGCGACCAGCUGUGUUACUCCAUUGCCUGUCCUAGGCGGCUGGAGCAGCAAGCACGACUGAACAUGAAGCCCCAGCGCGAACUCAAGAAGCAGAUUAGCCGCGAAAGCUUGGGCGAACUUGUGGAACCCGGAACAUUAUGGAUCCACACUGUACCUGCAGAGGUCGUCUCUAGCGUGUCCGAUCUGGAGAAGAAGCGCCAAGAGGCGAUCAACGAGGUCAUGUACACUGAGCGCGACUUCGUGCGCGAUAUGGAGUACCUCAGAGAUUGCUGGAUCAAGCCGCUCAGGGAACAGGAUAUCAUCCCCGAAGCUCGACGCGAGGACUUCAUCACUCAGGUGUUUUGGAAUAUCAACGAUAUCAUCGCCGUCAACACUCGCCUCCGGGAUGCGCUCAACAAGCGGCAGAAGUCGUAUGCUGUGGUUGAGCAGAUCGGAGACGUGCUUCUCGAGGCUGUGCCGCACUUCUCUCCCUUCGUCUCCUACGGUGCACAUCAGCUCUACGGAAAGUAUGAGUUUGAGAAGGAGAAGAGCACGAACCCUGAGUUCGCGCGUUUCGUGGAGGAGACCGAGCGGUUACCAGAAUCGCGGAAGCUAGAGCUGAACGGUUACCUGACCAAGCCGACCACUCGUCUGGCUAGGUACCCCCUCCUACUCGAGGCCGUCUUGAAACACACCCCAGCAGAGAACCCCGACAAGACUGCUCUGCCUGAAGCCGUCAAGAUUGUGCGCGAAUUUUUGAAGGCUGUCAACUCCGAGACCGGUAAGGCGGAGAACCGGUUCAACCUCCUCCAGCUCGACCAGCAACUAGUGUUCCGCCCAGGCGAGCAAGUGGACCUUCGUCUCAAAGAGGAAGGCCGCGAGAUGAUCUACAAGGGCGCACUCAAGAAGCGUGGCGGAUCACAAGGCGAUAGCGGGGAGCUUAUGGUAUUCCUGUUCGACCAUGCACUCCUCAUGGUCAAGCCUAAGAGCAAGGUCGAGCAGUACAAGGUCUACCGACGGCCAAUCCCACUGGAGCUACUUCUGGUAUCCGCGCCUGAUGAGUUCGCCACCCAGAAGCCCCAGAACAAUCGUCAGAAGCAGCUGCUCAGGAACGCUCCUCACGCGCCAGUCAUUCCAGUCAACAACACCAAAGGUGGCUUCUCAAUCACCUUUGUGCACCUCGGACGCAAAUACUACCAGAUCACCCUCUGGGCGAGCACCUACGUCAGCCAGCGGAAAUGGAUGGAGAACAUUCAGAAGCAGCAAGAUGCCAUGCGGGAGCGUAGCAACGUCUUCGAGACUCUCACACUAAACGAAGGCUUCUUCGUCGGGGUGAAUAAGGUUAACUGCGCCGCACCAUUCAACCAAGGGCGGAGAGCUGUCUAUGGUACAAACGAUGGCAUUUACCUUUCCAACCUCAUGGAGCAGAACCGGGAGCCGGUGAAGGUCCUCGCCUUGAAGGAUGUCGAACAGGUUGAUGUUCUCGAGGACUAUCAGUUGUUAAUCGUCCUGUCUGAGCGUCAAGUCAUCACGUUCCCUCUCGAUGCUUUGGACCCCAUGGAUCCCCUGUCAGGCCUCAAGCGUGCUAAGCGGAUAGCAUCGCACAUCUCGUUCUUCAAGGCUGGCGUGUGUGUCGGGAAGACGCUUGUCUGCGUAGUCAAGUCAAGUCCGCUAUCAAGUACCAUCAAGGCGCUGGAGCCCAUCGACCAGAACGUCCGUGGGCAAAGAAAGCCCACUUUCCGCAAGUUGCUGCAGGGUGGCAAUGAUACGCUGCGCGUAUUCAAGGAGUUCUACAUACCUGUGCAAUCGAGCUCGAUUCACUUCCUGAAGACGAGACUCUGCAUUGGGUGCACGAACGGCUUCGAGAUCGUCGACCUGGACACAUUGGAUACCCAAGGCCUGCUAGACCCCGCCGACCAGUCGCUGGAGUUCGUCCACAAGAGGGAGAACCUCAAGCCGCUUGCCAUCUACCGAAUAGAGAAUGAAUUCCUCUUGUGCUACGACGAAUUCGCGUUCUAUGUGGACAAAGCCGGAUGGCGGUCCCGCAAGGAGUUCAUGGUCUAUUGGGAGGGAAGCCCGUCAGGAUUUGCUUUGCAUUAUCCAUAUGUUCUCGCGUUCGAGCCAACCUUCGUGGAAAUCCGCCACGUCGAGACGGGCGCAAUGUCGCAAAUCAUCCAGGGCAACAACCUCCGCUGUCUCUUCGCGGACACGCCACCCUCGACGACGAACGGCGCGAACAACUACUACAACGUGUACCAGCAGGGCUAUGGCUACAACCCCUACCAGACGGCCGACGGGUCCCGGAGUUCCAUGAACUCCAUGCACUCCAACGGAUUUGGCGCACCAGGGGCGCCUGCGGCCUACCCCAACCCGUACGUCGCGCGACCACCGCAGGGCGCCGGACGGGACGAGAUCCUCAUGGUCUCUGACGACCGGGUGAUGCGGCUGCAAAUGACUGCGACGGCGCAAGCUUCGAUAUUCGGGAACUGACCCGGAGCUGCGGAUGCAUACGGCCUUUGACGACGCGACGACCUGUUGUAUAUUGCUUUCUUCCCCAUCUAUCCCACUGCCCCCUCUUGCUGACGACCGCACGCACACCGCAUACCACUUGAUCCCCCGUCCUGCUUUGCCCGCUCCACCCCCUCCUCGCCCCCGGUCCCGUA